AGGGUUAGUUUGAAAGCUGAAUACGAUAUACGAUCUGUAUUGGAAACAGUUACAAAUGAUUUAUUAAGCGUUACUUUCCAUGCACCUAUAGAAUGGCCAGCCUCAGCUAUUCUUCUCAAUGUACUCAGUAGUCUUUUAAUCCAACAACUUAAUCAAACAAAUCAAAACGCCAAUAUUUCAACAAAUCCUACCACUUCACGUUCUCGUAAUACUGAGUUAUGUGGUAAACUUCUAGCUGUUGAUACCCUUGCGUCAUUGAUUGUUGGUCUAAAACGUGGAGCUAAAGUAUACAGCCUAGAUUUACCAUCCUCAUUAUUCAUUCAAAAUAAAAAUCAUUCUGACUUAGAGGACGGUAAAGAUAAUUGUAUGAAAACGAAUAAAUGUCAAACACGUUUAAUUGGUUUAUUAUCAUCUCCAAUCCCAAUAAUUCACCACUGGUAUUUUUCGUUCUAUGAUAUCCUUCAAAUGAGUAAUAAAAACGAUGACUCUAAUUUUUCAGAAGUUUGUGAACGAUUAAAUUUGGAUAAAAAUAUGAUUUAUUUGCCAGAUCUUUGUUCGAAAUACUACGAUUUUCUUCUUCUGACUGCUCACAGAUUUCAUCUUGCUGCAUGGCUUCAUAAUUGUAACAGAAACGUCCCGGUCACAAAUUUAGACAUUCCUACCGGGAGUGCGAAAGAUUAUUCCACCAAUUCUACGAAAAACAAAGCUUGUGUGGAAAAACUUCGACAUCAAUUACUAGCUGAACUUUCUCUCACACAUUUAAACUCGUCAGUAUCUGGACUUGGCUUUCCGUUUGCUAAGCAAAACAUAUCAUCAAUCUCUGCAGCUUGUAUGGGAUGCCCUAAUUCUUCGCAGCAUUUGUUAUCACGAAGUCGCGCAAACUGUAUGUGUUGUUCGGGCAUGGGGUGGGGAGGUUCAUUUCUAGCUCAGUCCAUGUCAUCCCAACGUUUUAUCACAUAUACUCACAUGCCAAAAUUAUGCAGUAACAUGCGAUUUCGUCUAGUUGCCCAUGCCCAUAUUUCUGCGGUUUAUCUCCUUGGCGCCCAUGCGGUUUUGCCGAAUUUCGACGUGCUUUACGGUUUUAUUUGUAAAUUAGCCGGGGAGUCGUCAGUACCUAUGCGGUCGAAAGCGUUGCGUUGUCUUGCUUUAGUUAUUGAUGCUGAUCCGAAGUUGAUGUCUAUAAAUAAAGAUACUAAAAAUAAAAGCACGAUUUCAUCGAGUCCGAUUUUCGAUAUCUCCAACAUUGUUCGCGCACGUUUAUUGGACAACUCCACUGCCGUUCGCGAAGCAGCUGUCGACUUGAUCAGUCGAUAUUUGACAUUGCGUCCACAAUCCUUAGCUGAAUACUACUCUGUUAUUGUGGAACGUGUCUUGGACAAGGGUGUUAGUGUAAGAAAACGAGUUAUUCGGUGCUUUCGAGACCUACUACUUAAUGAUUGGAAUAAAUUUUUAGAUUCUUCAAAUUCUGGUUCUGAUGGACACAAUUACUCUUUCAUUGGAAAUCAGAUGUGUACAGAUAUUUGUCUGAAACUUAUUCGCCGACUUCACGAUGAGAACAGCAUUCAAAAAUUGAUUACUGAAGCCUUCCGAGAACUAUGGCUGACUCCAAUAUCGAAAUCACAUUCUCGUUUCUCGAAGGUUCUUGAUAGGCGUAUCACAAGUUUAGCAUCAGUGACUGUUACUCUUAGACCGAAUAACUUUGACCUGUUGAACACGUUCAUUGUUCAAGAUCUAUCUUCAGGGGAACCACAUCCUUCAGGGUCUCAGUUUGAUGCUGCGUGCAAGCAGAUUAUUGGCCGUCUGAUUAUUUUGAUCAAACGACGUAUUGGUCCUUUACUGGUCCCAAGUUCUAAACAACUGAUAAAGCAAAGUCACCCAAUGGAAUCUCGGAAAUCGUCACAGUCGCUUUCUUUUCUGUCGAAUAUGCAUGGUCUUAUGGCUUGUUUACAUCUGGUUAGUUAUAGUAAACCUAAUCUUGUUCGCCCCCACGUUGGUUUUUUAAUGGAUCUUGUGCAUAAAAUAUGUUUAUCUGUUCCUGGAACACUGACUAGCACUGGACAAACGGAAAAUCAAAUGAAACCAACAAAUACUCAGUUCCUUUAUCACCUGAUCAAUGUUGUAGAAAUUGUACUCACAGAAAUAGCAAGCAACUUAAGUGAGUCAGAUAGUCCUCCUAUGGAAGAAGCUAUGUUUGCCGGCGUUCCACGUACUAACUUCUUCCAGUUACAAAAUGAUUUACUUCAGUUUGUUCAACGUCAAGGUCGUUUGGUUGUUGAUUCAGCUUUAUCGUGUUUAGCAGUGCUCGUUAAUCAAGUUUUAAAAGACCAAACUCAAGUUAUAUGUUGCUUCACACAAUUCUAUGGCCUCCUUACGGACCUUUCAUUAGAAUUACGAGAGGCUCUUUCAACUAAGAUAAGUACUUCUGCUCGAAUAUCAUCCAAAACUCGACCAUCAAUAUUGCGGGCAUUGUAUACUGUCGGUUUGAUAUGUAAAUACUUCACACUGGAUUAUUCAUUUAACAGAAAUAAGAAAUCGGGUAUGUCUAAUUCAAACCUACUGGAUGAAGUUGUGGAUAUACUUAUGUUGUUUGCGGAAUAUGCAUCCAUUCGUAUACAUGUACAAAGCAGCACCACAUUUUCCAAUCCCAGUAGCUCUACGAACGAUCUUAACAAUGAGGGUGUUAAUCCGUCUCAUACAAAGUCUGAUAUGAUUGAUCCAGAUUUAUGUCGUAAAGCUAUUACUGGUUUAGGAUUUUUAUUAUUUCGUCAUGAUAAACUUUUCUGUACUGGUUCUGUACAAUUGUUUUUAACUCGAUUUCUUUCAACUGUUCAAAAUUCUUUAACCAAUAAUCACCCAACUGAUGGAUCCUCAUUUUUUGAGAUUCAGUGUAUUAUACUUGACAAUUUAACACAUUAUUUAUUACAGAAGGAGCGUAAAGCAACUGCAGAUAAUCGCUUGUGGGCUACACGUUCCAAGCGUGAAUCUCUCAAAGAACUAACUGAUCAAGUAACUGGUCACAGCAGUGCAGUUGCCCAAACCUAUUUGCCCAUAGUUUUGAAAUAUUGUAUUCUCACCCCUUCUAUUAGUGUUCGCUCUUCAGCCUUAAGCUUAAUAUCAACUAUAUUACGUCAAGGAUUAAUUCAUCCAUCUCACGUUUUGUCUUCCCUGAUUUGCUUGCAAACUGAUUCAGACCCAAGUAUUCGUUCUCGUGCUUCAGUUUGUCUUACAGAAGCAGAACAAAAAAUUCCCGGAUUCGCCGCAAUGCGAGCUGUCUCUGGAAUUCGUAUGUCACAUCAGUUGCAAGUAAUUAUACACACUAAUGAGUUUUCUUCACUCAUAGUUCGCGGAGCUAAAGAUUCUAAAACGGCUUCUGAAAGUAAAUCACUUUCACCGACAAAUAAUUCUACAUCUACAGUAUUUUGUAUAAAUUAUGGACUGUAUAUCAUGUUGAGAACUAAUCGACAAUAUCGUCGAUCGUUAAUCGUUAACUUAUUAUCUAUAUUUGAUGAAUACCAGAAAUCAUCACUUCACACCACUGAAAAUGAGAGUAUUCAAAGUCGGUUAAGUCAUUUGAUUUUCAUCGCAGAUCACUUGGCACACUUUCCAUACGUAGUUCUUGAUGAAGUUUAUUACGUUGCUGACCUAAUAGAACAAAAAAUAAGCCUAAUAGGAUCUAAUAUUUUAAGAUCCGUAUACCGAAGUUUGUUAUCUGCUGCUCAAAACAAAUGCUCAAAUUCAGAAGUCUGUGAGUUAUCCAGACCUUCAAUGAACAAGGAUCGAAAAUUCACUAGUGAAACUGACCUCAUGGAUUUCCUUGAUAAGUGUGAAGCAAAUCUACCUAGAGAAUAUGACUUCAACACUUCUUAUAAAUAUAUGGAAACAAUAAAAGCUCUUGAUAAUCAAAUUUCAUUUAGUUCAUCUGAGAAAGACCUACAAAACAUGUUCAAACACUGUCAGUCAGAUACUUUAAAAGGAAAGGCACGAUCAUCUGUGGUAUACGCAGGACCAUCUUGUCUACUGCUUAUGACUAUCAGGAAGUUUAUACGUGAAUACUAUGGUGUAACUUACAGUAAACUAAAAGAUUACUCACCUUCUGAUACAUCGAAACUUUGGGAGAAACCAAUUAUAUUAACAAGACAAUCAAGUUUUUCUGGCCAGCUCAUGACAUUAUCGUGCAUAGUUUACCAGUACGUUUUGAACCCUGGGUGGAGCGAUGUAUCUAAAGGCCCUCCAGAUCAUAUUCUUUUACGCCAUUUUCUUGUACUGCGUCGAGAAUUAAUGCUUCAUGAAGACAGUUCAUUAAAUGAGCAGUCGGUAAAGUGUACUUCUAAGCCUAAUGUUGAAAUUUCUGACAUUGAAAAUGACAUAAAAGUCAGUCAACAAUUGAAUACUGUAUUUUACAGAAGAUUGUCAGGCGGAAAUGGAAAGUGGAGAAUGCUCAACAACCUUAUGCAAUCUGUCAACUAUGUCCAAACAUAGCAAGUCAAAUUCUGCGGAAUGUUUACCAACUGUUAAACAUAGUCUUGAUAGUUCUUUUAAUCAGACAAUUGGGAAAUCUGGUAAGCAGCUUGGAAAACAUAAAAUUGUAAAACGACAGUCUUCAAAAUCAUCUUUAUCAGAUCCUUCCAUUGAGACCGUAGGCGACACUGGGAUAAAAAAUAAAGAAAAGCAUUCGGUUGACCUACAAUCUCAAUGUUUAAUUUCAAAGUCCAUCAAAAAGCAUAGACGGCUAUCAGAACAUUCCAGCUCCUCUACCAGCUCUGAUUCAGUCGAGUUAAAUAAUCUUAGAAAGUCACAGAAAAUUGGUAGUUCACGUGGUCACCAAUCUCUAUUGCAGUCAAGUCCAGAUUCGUCGAAUAAACCUAGUUUUCAAAAUCAAACUCACCAUACGCAUUUCGAAUCGUUAGAUUCUGAUGCCAACUCAGAAACUAACUCUGUGGAUAGCUGUGUUAGAAAGAAUAAUAAGAUAGCUAUGAUUUCAAAAGUUAAACAACCUAGUGUUUCGAAUUAUGCUAAUAAAACAAAAAAACAAUCAACUUCUCAAUCUUAUAUGCAAAAAAAUACUAAAACGAAAAAAUCCAACUUUCAAAAUUUGGGAGUUGUUGGUCAUGCUAAAUCUCUUUCUCAUCAAUGUCGUUCGACUAAUUCAAAGCAGUCUACAGGUCCAACUCGCACUCUUGCUCCACUACCGUCUGCUAUGAUGAAUAGUACAAAUACAUCUCGUCCGGGGAAGCAUUCCGUUACGAAUAGGAAAACUAAGCACGAUUAUAAACGUUCGGAAUUCGCCAGUAAAUAUGAAAUGAAACAUGUAUCACAUCACUUUGCUUCAGGUGGUAAUCAUCACACUUCGCGAGUGAAGAAUUCGAAAUCUAAGUCAUUACCUUCCAAAACCAAUCAUUCAAAUGAAAGUCAAACUCACAAUUCACAUUCGGAUGAACAACGAACAAGUAAAAAACACUUGUCUGAAUGCCAGAGUUUCAAAAUGCGUCAAAUUAAUUCAGCAACCAAAGAGAGUUCCAUUAGAAACGGCCAAAAGCUGGAAAUCCUACCCAAUUGUGAUAAAAGUGAAGAACAACUAUCCGAUUGUAGUGAAUCCUCCUUGUCAUCCACUUCUACAUCAUUGUCUUCAUCAUCAUCAGAAGAUAGUAUGUCCUCUUUUUCCUCGUCGUCAUCCUCGACUCUUCAGUCUGCAUUAAAGCAAAAAAAGAAAACAAAACUCACUUGAUGCUUUCCUUGUUUGCUUUUUAUGAAACAUUAAAGAAACAAUUCGGAGGUCCAAAUCUCUCAACACUUAAAGUAACAUUUUAGGGCUGUUUUAUUAUUGUUGUUCUUUACCAACCAAACCUUACGUUUUUAUUACGAUUUUUUGUUUGAUGCUUGUUUCUGUUCUUUAUUAUUCUCUGGCAAAUAGUAUUUUUACACAGAGGAAAUGUUAACAAACGCACCCUACAUUCAAAAGCAUUCCUUUUUAAAGCGCCUUUGCUUUACUACUACCUAUGAACAAAUCGGAUCAUCUCCAUAAUGAUGAUAUUGAUUUAAAUAGGUGUAGUUACGUGAAAAUAUCUGAUUUUUGUGUAUCAUCCAUAGUUUUUUAUACUAUUGUUGUAUAGUGCUGUCAAUAUUCAGCUUUAUUUAUCAACACAUAUUUUGUUUUCCUCUCCUUAAAUGUUUUUAAAGAUUCUAUAUUGUGUAAUAUAUUGAGUUAUGCUUGUAUGCGUACUUGCUGUCUUUUGUUCAGCCAUGUUACAAUCUUGAAAAUAAGAGGCCAUACUUAUAACCUUUGUAUGAACAUGAAUCUAUCGACCUACUACAUCGUCCAACUAAUUGCUUCUGAGCUCAUGUAUGUCUUUUUUCUACAGAUUCGGAUACUUUCUGAACAUACCUAUCCCUUUCAAAAUUCCCAUUUUUAAAAUACAAUACUUCGAUGAUUUCCCUUGCAUUCGUUCUAAUAUAUUCGUUAAUAUUCCACUUACAAACUAAUUUUUUUCAAUUCCGCAACAGUUAAUGUCCCAAUAUUAUUUUUACAUUUCUUGUUUCUUUAGUUGGUUGAUUAUACCAAUAACAAUCAAGAUAACGAUUUUGUAAUUUCUUGAUUCACUUCUUUCAUUUCAUUGUUUGAUUUUUUCUUGGUUUGUUGCUUUCCAGUUGAUCAUACUUUAUUUGCGUUUCCCACGUUAUCUGUUGUUGUUUGUUUAACGUAUUCGAAUGUUUCCAAGCAUUAGUCAACAGUAGUAGCUGAAGGAUAUAUAUAUUUGCCAAAAUAUUGUUAACUUCAAAUUACCACCGUCAAUAUUAAUUCUUCCUAUGAUUAUUUCAGUUUAAUUUGUACAGGUUGAAUCGCACUCUCGAUUUACACAUCUCAAUAAUCAAAAUGUCAUAAAAUAAAGCAUUGAAGUUCAUAUAAAUUAUUAAUUUUAUGGAGUAUUUAAUUCCGAUCAUUGUUUAUCUUUAUAUAUCCCAAUUUGCUUUAUCAAAUAUGUAUUCAUUUCAAACAGUUUAUGUCCUAAAACGUCGGUUGACGAUAUUUGACAAUCAACCAGUAUUGUACACAAAAAACAUUUGGUGCGCUAAGAAAUACUUCAGAAAGAUGAUUACAUUGUGAAACAUUAAAAAAAAAAACAUAUUACCAAGUAAUUUUUUUAGACAAAAACACUACUUAUCUAUACUUCAUAAUGAAAAAUACAAAUCAGCUAAAACUUAUUUGAC